GCUCGCGCCGCCCGCCGCCGCCCUCCCUCCCGCGCGCGCUGCUCGCCUCCCGGCGCGAUCAUAAGCUCAUUUCUGCCUUGUUUUACUGAAGAAUCCAUUAAAAGAGCCAGUUAAUCUUGUAGAAAAUGGCGUUCAGUGAUCUUACAUCGAGAACUGUGCGUUUUUACGAUAAUUGGAUCAAAGAUGCUGAUCCAAGAGUUGAAGACUGGCUCCUCAUGUCCUCGCCUCUGCCACAAACCAUCAUCCUGGGGCUCUAUGUCUAUUUUGUCACCUCUCUGGGACCAAAGCUCAUGGAGAAUCGGAAGCCCUUUGAACUCAGGAAAGCGAUGAUAACGUACAAUUUUUUCAUAGUACUGUUUUCUGUGUAUAUGUGUUAUGAGUUUGUGAUGUCUGGCUGGGGGACAGGCUACUCGUUUCGAUGUGACAUUGUUGACUAUUCUCAGUCGCCAAGAGCCAUGAGGAUGGUGCACACCUGCUGGCUUUAUUACUUCUCCAAAUUUAUUGAGCUGCUCGACACUAUCUUUUUUGUUCUGCGUAAGAAAAACAACCAAGUGACUUUCCUUCAUGUCUUCCAUCAUACAAUCAUGCCGUGGACCUGGUGGUUUGGAGUCAAAUUUGCUGCAGGUGGUCUGGGAACAUUCCAUGCCUUCUUAAACACAGCCGUGCAUGUGGUCAUGUAUUCCUACUACGGACUGUGUGCCAUGGGGCCGGCCUACCAGAAGUAUUUAUGGUGGAAAAAGCAUCUGACAUCUUUACAGCUUGUCCAGUUUGUCCUUGUCACCAUCCACAUAGGCCAGAUCUUCUUCAUGGAGGAUUGCAACUAUCAGUACCCAGUUUUUCUGUACGUCAUUAUGAGUUACGGAUGCAUCUUCCUGCUACUGUUUCUCCAUUUUUGGUACCGUGCUUAUACCAAGGGUCAAAGGUUGCCCAAAACUAUAAAAAAUGGAAAUUGCAAAGCGAAGCCUCACUAAGAGACAAGGGCAGCCUGGAUCUACAGUUGAGACUGGUAUUUUGCCUUCCUUGACAAUCAAGAGAUACUCACCUAUGCAGUGCAUUUUGUAUAUUUUUCAAAACCAAGAGCUUGUAUUUUUAUGAUAAGUUAUUUGGGUUUCUGAUCUUUGAGAGUCCAAAGCUCCCUGAUAAGUCUUCUCAGUGGAAGAGACCUGAGCAGCCAGGAGGUUUCCUAAUGCCUUUCACACUAACUGAAUGUCUUAGUGCAUUUUGCUACCGCGAGAAGAGGAGAUGAAGUGAUAUAGUACUCUUCUAGGAACUCCGGGAUGAUGAAAAAUACUAGCGAUUUUGACCACGGACGGAGAUCCAUAGAGUAUGAUAGAUUCCUCCCGUCUGGUGUGGAGACCUCUGACUGGCUUCUGGCUCUGUCAUUCACUCCUUGCAUUCAGAAGACAUUAAAUUCACUCUAGGGCUCAGUUCCCACUCUAAAGUGCUAACACAGGGGAAGCCCAAGUGGCUUUCUGAUAUUCUCAUUCUAAAUUGUUAGUGAUAGUUGGAAUGGAUCCUCUGAGUGAUUGCCACCAGCCUGCUGGGAAGACUCCCUGACAAGCGGCGCAUAAGCCGUUGAAGGCCGUGGCGCUCCAGUUUCUGAGCCGAUGCCUUUGACGCUAAGGUGAAGGUCAUGGUUGUGCUGCAAACGAGAUGACUUGUGUCAACAGGUUAAUGAACACCUUUGCUAACGAUGAGCUUACCAUUGACUCUGUGUAGGCCUGACACGAGGGGUGUGUCCAUGAAAAAAAUCGCUGUGGAAUUCAGUGGGGGAAAGUCAUAAACGGUUGUAGUAUAACGCCGCUCUCAGAUACGUCAUGUCUAAAAGAAUUGUCUUGCCUAACUAUAUAUUAGCUAGAUAUUUAAAUGUUCAUGUGAUUAGCUUACCUUGGAUGCCUUUAGAUCACAAAUUAAUUUUCGAAUAUCUACAAUGCAAAGUGGCUUAUGGAGCAACUGGAGGUGGGUGGUGGAGAAUCUGAGGCCGGAUGUGGUUACAUUAACAAGGGCUGUUAGAUUUUGGGGGACAGAGAGACUGCAUUAUGGUUACUAUGAAACACAUUUAGUAUUGUGCAUACACCGCAUGAAGAAAUGUUUUCCAGAAUAAGGAAUUAGCGAGGAUUUUCUUUUCUUCAGACUGUAAACCAUAUUGUGAAGGGCUGAAAUUUUUGCGGUAAAUGGGUAUUUUUCCCCCCCUUUAAAAAUGUUCCUUCCUAGAAUUUUCUUGUUCUUGUUGGAGAACCAGAACCAUCCUAGCAAUACUUGGGUAUUUGUGAAGCUAUUGAUAUUAUUUCCUUUUCCCCUUUGAAGGAGUGUUUAUGUGUGAACAACCCCACUGUCAUACUGAGGGCCUCCGUCUGUGUGCUCAAAGCCCGCAUCUUCGCUGACUGUAAACUCUGAGGUUUUGCCUGCUCUCUCCUGAUCCAUUACUCUGCACCACGCCUUCGUCUCCACAUUAACUUAAUUUAUAAAGUGAUUUACCGUUAAGUGGCCUUUAGUGAUUCCACUUGCUUGUGACUAGAAGCGGAGGAUAAUAGGAAGAUUUUCAUACUUAAAAAAAAGUCACAGACAAGCCUAGCUGACAGGAGCAGCUGCCCUAGUCUGUCACUGUGAAGGUCUCAGGGAUCCAUGUUUUCCUAUUUUGACUCUGUGUGUUGAUGGGACAGAAUGGUAGAUGUAGUUACCUACGCAAGUGAUUCCCAAAGACUCAAGUAGUGAAAAGACCCAAAGGAAGCAAAAACAGGAAAUAAAACAGGAGACUACCUACUUACUACCUACUACUUACACUACCCCUUCCCUCCUCCCCUUCCUCCAAGUUUUUUAAAAUGUCUGGUAAUGCCUGUGGACCAAGAGCAACAUUGUGACAUACCACGUUCUCAAAUAUGUGAGUGAAAGCAGGGAGGUGGGAUGUUGCAUGAAAACAGAUUACAAUUGACAGACAGGUGUAAACAUCAGUAGAUCAAAAUGAAUGUCACUGGCUGUAGAACUGGUAGGGCAGCGUUUGAUCAGACAGAGCUUCUAAUGGGGUUUUACCUACUUUUCAGGACUUUGUUGCCUUUAAACUUGCUUGCCUAGUAAGCAAAAUCCAAGCUAUUAAGUAUAGUUUAUAAUAAAAGUUCUAUGAGUCCUUGAGGACCAACAUAUAUGUUAUAAAUGCAGAUUUUUAAAUAUCUAUGGGAUGUUACGAUUUUCUGUCUUCAUACUCAAGGAGAAUCCUAAAUUGUGUCUAUAUACUACAUUGUUGCAUAAUUUGGGAAAUGAGAUUAUAUCCCUUGGUUAUCUCUUAUUUCUGUUAACUUUUUAAUGACUGAGGAAGUUGUGAGAAUUUGGGUUUGUUCUCUGUGCUUUAAUAAAGUUGUGGCAUCAUGUG